UCGUUCGACAGCGAAAAGCAGCCUGACGUGAGAGAGCGCUCUCACUCAGCACACAUAGCAGUAGCAAUCGUCACCAUUCUUCGCCUACUGUUCACCAUGGCGACGUACAAGCCCGUGCUUUCAAUUGCUCAGCAAUUGGCGCCGCGCAAUGCGCCGCUGCGCGUCAUCAAGUCCUCGAGCCUCUACGUUUCCCAACCUAACCCUUCGUGGUUCGGCAACCCGCCGGACAAGCCGGACGGCGCGUGGUCGUGCAAGCACUGGCUCACGUCGCGGUUCCAUUUUAGUUUCGCUGAAUACGCUGGCGGGCCCGGCAACUUCGGCGUCCUGCGCGUCAUCCGCGUCUGAAACCCUUCUCGCAUCGUCCGGGACGCCAUCGACGCGAGUGACGAAACUCACUCGUCGAUGGCCACGCAGGCGCGUCGUGAACGACGAUAUCGUGCAGCCGAAGCGCGGUUUCGGCACGCAUCCCCAUCGCGACAUGGAGAUAGUUACCUAUGUAGUAGAUGGCUCGCUCUGGCACAAGGACAGCAAGGGCAACGCCGAGGAGCUCGGCCGCGGCGCGAUCCAGUUCAUGAGCGCCGGGACGGGCGUCUCGCACAGCGAAGAGAACCACGGGGGCGAGCCGCUCCGCUUCGUCCAGUCGUGGAUUCUUCCUCGCAAAAGGGGUCUCAAGCCCAGCUACGGCUCGGCGUCCGGCUUCGACCGCCAAGACAAGUGGGCCUACAUGGUCGGCGACGCGGGAGCCGCGGGCGAGGACGCCCAAGUGCAAAUUCAGCAGGACUUGCACAUGUAUGCGACCGAGCUCUCGCCGACCAAGUGCCUCGACUUCGACGUGCGCGAGGGGCGCCAGGCGUACGUGCUCGUUUUGGAAGGUGACAUUACGGUCAACAAGGCGCAGCUCUCGGCGCGCGACGCGUGCGAGGUCAAGGGCCCGCUCAAGCUCGACUUCGCCGCUGGUAGCGAGGGCGCGCACGUGCUGCUCUACGAGAUGGCGCUUUCUUCGGACGGCCGCGCCGACGCCGUGUUGCCCUAGAUGUCGUGUCCCUUUGCCCCUGUCCCUGUCCCCCCGGUUAAAUGUGCCAUGUGCCAAC